AUGUCGGCAAAGUGUGGCAGGCGACUAUCGCUAACCCCUCUGGACGCCUCAGCAUCACCCUCGGUGCAUGCGGAUUGCAGGGAAGUCGCGCGGAGCUGGGCAGCUGCGGCGCAGCAGGCGGCGCCGCUGGCCUCCUCGGCGGCCGGCGGGGCGGCGGCAGCAGGGGCGGCAGCCGCUGCGCCCUCUGGCAGCGCAGGCGCCAAGCCUAGCGCUGCAGGGGUGCAGGCCGAGGACGUGCAGCAGCUGCGCAGCGUGCUGAGCCGGUACGCCCGCCGGCCGCGCUGGAAGAGCCGGCGCGGCGGCAGCGCAGAACCGCUGUCCCACCUCGGCCCUCCGCCUUCCACGGGCACCGCCCUGUCGCCGCACCGCCUGGCCCGCGACCACCGCCCGGUGAUGGCGCUGCCGCUGACGGCGGAGGCGCGGCAGGCGCGGCAGGACCAGUCGGUGUGGAUCAACAAGAGCAUCUGCCGGAGGUUUGACAGCCUCGACCGCCAGCUGACGGCAGGCAUGCUGGCGCCGGCCGAGCGUGCGGCCGCGGGGCAGCAGUGCCUGGAUGCAGUGGCCGACGCGCUGCAUUAUGUGAUGGAUGACGUCAACAUGAUCUCUCGCAUGGUGGGGCACCCUGAGAUGGCGGCGGUACGGUCCCGGCUGGAUACCAGCAGGGUCAUGCCGGUGCUGGUGCAACGCUUUGAAGCACUGCUGGACAGAAUCAUCCGCCAGGAGGCCAAGCUGGCGGGCGCUGACAGCGUGGCGCAAGUCGGCCCGCCUGCCAGGCUGCCCCUGAGCUUGCGCUCGCUGGCUGCCAGCUUCUGGGCGCUGGGCCAUAUGAGGUACCCGCUGACCCAGGAGCAGCUGGACAAGAUUGCGGCCGUCAUCAUGCUCAAGUACGGCGAGCUGAAGCCGCACCACAUCUCCAUGUUCCUGGUGGCGCUCAACGCCUACGGCAACACGCCCUUUGAGGGCAAGCUGCUGAAGGUGCUGCUGGAGCGCACAGCACACAUGCCGAUCGCGGAAUUCGAGGCUCGCACACUCCUGAACAUCAUGUGUGCUGCCGGCUCGGCAGGCGUGCCCGCGUCCCAGGCUGUCAUGGACCACCUCUCCCUGGCUGCCCUGGCCUUCCUGCCUGAGGUGGAGCACACACACCUGGGCAGCCUGGUGUGGAGCCUGGGCAAGCUGGGCACCAAGCUGGGGGCGGCGCGCAUCCACACUCCCGUGCUGCAUGCCGUGGUGGCCACCGCCUGGCGCCGCCUGCACGACCUCACCCCCGACGCCCUGUGCAACACACUGUACGGAUUCGGCCUGCUCAACUUCCACCCAGGCUCCGACUUUCUGGAUGCCGCCGCCGCCCGGUUCAAGGAGCUGCUCCCUUACAUGUCCGCGCAGCAGGUGGGAAACUGUGUGUGGAGCUUUGCGCGGCUGGAGUAUUCGCCGGACGCGGAGCGGGAUACCUGGGCCAUCAGCAGCAGUACCGCCACCGGACUGCCCCGUACCGCCGCGGGGUACACCCACCUCAACAUGGACGAGGAGCGGGAUUCCGAGCCGGAGGAGGCGGAGGCGCCGCCCCCCCGGCAGGGCCCACCUACCCUGCGCCAGCGGCGGAGAAGUGUGGGCCUCACCAAUACAUGGAUGCACAUGGAUGCGGGGAAGGUGGCGAGGAAGGUGGCGGCGGCGCGGGUGCGGCGGGAGGCCCUGCAGCGCCUGGUGGCGCACGCGCAGCAGGCCGUGGCGGCGGCCCUGGCGCGGUGCCGCGGCGCGCGCCCCGGCGAGCCCGCGGGCGAGGCUGCGCAGCCGGUGGGGCGGGCGGUGAACGAGCUGUGGAUGGCAGACCUGGUGCACUUCAUCUGCACCGGCUCCGCCACCCGCCCGCGCUCGCCGCGCGUGCUGCCUCCUCCUUUCCCGGGCGGGGUUGCGAUGGAGGUGUCUGUGAACCGGCACACCGGCAUCACACACGUGCAGCCCUUCUACAUGCGCGAGCAGUUUUGCGAGCUGUUGAUGCUGCCAACGGUACCGCCCUGGAAGCGAGCCCAGCGUGCGGCGGAGGAGGCGGUACCGGCGGGGGACCAGCUGCUGGAAGACGUGCAGCGGGCAGACGAGGCGGCGGAGCGGCAGCACGCAGAGGCCACGGCUGCUGCUGCCUCAGCUGCAGAGGCCGCAGCUGCAGCUGCUGCUGCUGCCGCCGGCGGGGAGCUGGAGAGCUUGGAUGCGUUUUUGCAGCAGGCUGCUGGGGAGGAGGCGGCGCCAGCUGGCGCCAGCGAUGCGGCUGAGAAUAUGCUCGAGGAUCCCGAGCUGGCAGGCAGCUCCGAGGCGGCGGCCGGCGGCGGCUCUGCGCCCAGGGAGGCCCCGGCUGCCAUUGCAGCCGAGAUAGACCUGGAUGCGGUGCAGGAGGCGGAGGAGGCGGAGGAGGAGGAGGCGGAGCGGCGGCAGGCGGCGGCCGCGUCGGCGGCGGCACAGCAGGACGCCGCGCAAGGGGCGGAGCAGUCGGAAGGGGAAGAGAGCGAGGAGGGACGCAGCCUGUACCCGUCGUCUGAAGGUUUUGGGCAGCGGGCGUUGGCCGGGGAGGUGUCCCGUGCCGAGGAGCGGCGGCUGCGGCGCCUGGACCGCCUCAAAGCCCGCCAGGAGGCAAUGGGCGACAGGUGGCAGCCGGCGGGCGAGCAGCGGCAGCCGGCGCGCGGCGGCGGCGGCGGCGGGGAGCCGCCCCGGGGCCAGCACUGGCGAGGGCGGGACCUGUCGCCAGCUCAGCUGCUAGACCUUCUGCUGGCAGACGGCAGCCUGCUGUCGGUGCCGAAAGCCGUCAAGCGGCGGUGGCAGGGCGCGGAGCGAGCCACCCUGGAUGACGCGGCGGCGCGCUGCAUCCCGCUGGCGCCGCGCAUGAGCGGCGGCGAGGUGGGCACCCUGAUGUGGGCCUACGCCACGAUGAGGCACGUGCACCCAGGCCUGUUCAAGGCACUGCUGGAGCGGGCGGAUGACCUGGCGGGCAGCCUGACGUGGCGGGGCAUCGCCAUUGUCAUGUGGGCGUGCGCGGUUACGCGGCAGGCGCCGCCCCGCCCGCUGGCAGACCGGCUGGUGGAGCGGUACAUGCCCCUCUUCCACCCCCGCAUGGCCCAGGGCGUGGACCUUCACUCCCUGGCCAACGUGGCCUGGGGCCUGACCGUCUUCGACUACCUGACCCCGGACCGCUUCGCCCAGCUGACGGGCAUGGUGCCGCCGCACGACGCCGCCGCCCUCGACUCCGUCAACACCGCGGCCUGGUGCCAGCUGUUCCAGUGCGCGCUGUACCUGGAGGCCAAGACGGGGCAGCACUACUCCGCCUUCCUGCCGCCCCACAUCCUGCCCUACGCGGAGAAGCACUGGCAGGCACGGGACACGACCACCUCGCGCCUGCAGGCAAGGAACAAGGUGGCAGAUGUGCUUCACUCUCUGGAGGUACCCUUUGCAGAGGAGUACUCUCCCCGCGCCAACUUCUUCGGGAUAGACAUUGCAAUCCAAGGCUCGAACGGCGUGCGGCUGGCUGUGGAGGUGGACGGCCCGCAGCACUUCUCAUCCAACCCGCCCCACAUGCCGCUGGCUUCCACCUAUAUGCGGAACAAGCUGCUGGCCAUGCACGGCUGGGAGGUGGUCAGCAUCCCCUUCAACGAGUGGGCGCGCCUGGCGGGGCUCCAGGAGAAGCAGGCACGCUUGGCAGUAGAUUACCUGAGGGAGCACGUGCUCAGCAAGCUGGGUGACCAGCACCAGUAG